AUGUUGGUCGGCGCAAGCGAGACUACCGCCGCCGAGUUCAAGAAGGUCAUGACGGCGGUGCUGGAGGCUGCGAUCAGCAGGCAGCAACCCCUCGGGGAGGUUGCGCACAACGUCGCACCGGCGCUGGAGUCCACCGCUCUGGCCAAAGCCUAUCCGGGGAAGAUCGGCAUCGCGGUGCCGCUUGACGCGCAGAUGGAGUACGAUAUCGAACACAGGGGGAGGAAGAGGCAGAGGGGCAAGCAGGGCAAGGACAGCUCGGGGAAGAAGGGGAAUAAGGGCAGAGCGGGCAAGGAUAGCACGACGGCAUAG